UGCAAAUCUAUUGUGCGCCGCCAUGUUGCUUUUCAUUCUGUUUUGUGCUGCAGACUGCGUAUGACUGUGUAAAUGUUAACACAUAAUAAAGUCGUCUUCAUGUAUUUUUGUGUGUUAUUUAACGAUUGCCGCCGCUCCGUAUAUCAGGAAUAGCCACAACUUUUUGACUCAGCUUCAAAUGUGCCCAUCAUAGACUUCAACCUCUUGACAAACUGUACUCAUCCAAAAGUUGUUCACGAAGUUAGACCCAUAAUUUCUGUCUUCGCAGACCAUGGCACCAGUACCAGCGACGGAAAGAGUGAAGAAGCAUCGAGAAAAGAUGAAAGAAAACCUGGAAAAGAGAGAAGUUAAUUGAAGAAAGAACGAGAAAGAGGCAAAUUAAGAAGAUUGCAAGUUAAAGAAAAAUUGAAAAAUAAUCAACGUCUUACAGAUAAGAAUCGAAGAAAAAAGAGAGAGAGAGAGGGCAUUCAGAGAAAAUAAAAAGCUAGAACUCGCAAUAUCAAAAAUUCCAACUGAAUCUUCUCCUAUUGGGACUUAAAAGUGUAAACAGACAUUUGGUAAAGCUGUGAAGAAAGUGUUGAAGAUAUUUCCAGAAAGCCCCAGUAAAAAAUCUGCUGUUAUUAAAAAGAUAGUUUCCGAUAUAAUUGGCUCUGAAACUUUCAUAUGUGAUAUAAAACAUACCAGAACUCCAGUCUUAAGCGAAGAGGAGAAACUAAAAAGUCAAGACUUCUACACUGGGGAUGACAUUAGCCGCCAAGCUCCUGGCUGUAAAGAUGUUGUAACCGUAUGGAAAAAACGGAGAAUGUAAACAGAAAUUCCAAAAGCAUCACUUACUUCUGACUGUCGGAGAGGUUUAUGAGGAAUUCAAAAAACUCCAUCCAGAUAUUUCUGUAGGAAAGUCCAAGUUUUAUUCACUGUGACCACCUUUUGUUCUCCUAUUAUAUACACCACAUAAUGUAUGUAUGUGUAAGUACCACUACAAUUUCAUGAGCAUACUUGAGUGUUUGAGCAAAACUGUUCCAAGCAAUCACAAGAAAUUAUUGAAUGAAUUAAGUUGUAAUUCACAGAAUGACGACUGUGUUUUUGGGUCAUGCCAGGAAUGUCAAAUUAAAUUGAGCAAAUUUAUCCCAGAAGACUUAACUGAAACGAUUGUCUGGAGGCAAUGGGAAAAUGAAGCGAAACAUCGUCCUUGUCUUAGUGAACAUUCAGGGAGCUGCGAUGAUGCUUUAGCAUCACUGGUUGACACAUUGACCCCGUUUAAAAAACAUUGCUACAUGAAGAUAAAGCUGAAUGAUUUCUUCCAAGGAAAGAAAAACAGCCUUGACGUUGAAGAAUGUGUUCUUCAAAUGGACUUUGCACAGAAUUAUGCUCUAAUUUCACAAGAUGAGGUACAGAGUGCACACUGGGCAAGUAACUAUUUGCAUUUUCUGCAUUUGGUUUGCAAACCAUGAAGUCAGCUCCUAUGCAGUCAUCAGUAACGACCUUUCACACACAAAAUAUUCCGUGUGGACUUUUCUUAAAACUGUUAUAAUGGAGAUUUUUAAAAAAAAGAUUUCCUAAAGUUAAAAGAGUUUUUAUAUUUUCUGACAACUCUGCUGGGCAGUUCAAAAAUAAGUAUACUUUGACCAAUCUAAGUUAUUUUGAGAGAGGCUUUGGACUGACAGUUGAGUGGAAUUUUUUUGCCAGUUCACAUGGUAAAGGAGCCAUCGAUGGCAUUGGAAGUGCACUGAAGAGGAAUGUGUGGACAGCCAUUAGAUCUAGGAAAGUUAUUAUUAACAACACAAUUGAUUUUUAUGACUACACUCUGAAGAAUUUUUCCAAAAUUAAGGUACUACGGAUUGAUAAGAUAACAGUGGAGCAUAACAUUCCUAUUUUGGAUGAAAGGUGCAAAAAUUUAAAAGCGAUUCCUCAAAUCCAGGGCUGCCACCACUUUCAGCCUUAUAACACAACUGAUUUACUGGUUUCAAAAACGGCAGAGUCAUUAAUGACAAGGGUAUCAGUAUUUAUUACUGAGGAGGAAAAGGCUAAAACAUUACAUGCAAAAAGAUGCAUAAACUUCUAUGAAGUGUGCAGUUCUGAUGAUUCUGAUCAGGAGACUGUUUCACUAUCUGAAUCACAAGACAAUAUUGGAAGUGCUUGUGAGUUAUGCCUAACUAAUAAAAUUGAAAAGUCUGAUUUAAAAUUUGGGUUAUUUGUCUUGGUUGACAUUCCAAAUGACAAAAAGAAGCCAACCCUAUCCAAAAUUCAAUACCGUUACUUGGGAAUCUGCCAGAGUGAGGUUGAUGAAGAGGAGGAUGUGGAAAUAAUGUUUCUGACCAGUAGGAAAAACUAAAACACUUUUUAAACUAGAUGAAACUGAUGUUUGAUUUGUGAAAUUCAUCACGUACUAUCUAAGGUAACAACACCAGAAAUCAAACAAGUUCAAUUUUGAGUUGGAUGUUGCUGAAAAAGAUUAUUAAAUGAAGUUUUUAAACCUAUCAAUAAUAAUAAAACAUUUUUGUCAUAAAUUUAUUAGGCCUUCAAACUGAGGUAAAUGUUAAGUAAGUAACGAUAUCUUGGCCUAGUUGUACUAUAAAAUUGUAACAAUUUUUUGUGUAACAAAUAGCUUUAUUCUUCAAAUAUGUUUCCUUAAGUACAUACUUUUAUUCCAAAUAAACUACAAUACUUCUUUUCUUUUUAUGUAAUUG